AUGGCUAGAGAAGGAAGGAACGAAAUCCUCAUCAGCUUUUCAUGCCUCAUACUUCUGUUCGGGGUGUCUUAUUCCCAGACAGACAGGUUGCUUCAAGGCCAAGUGCUCAAAGAUGGGGAUCAGCUGGUUUCUGCUUUUGGGAACUUCAGGCUGGGAUUCUUUAGCCCUGAGGGUACGAGAAACCGUUAUUUAGGAAUUUGGUACUAUAAACCUAAAGAUAGGAGUUGCCCAUUUGAAGAGUAUUCUUCUUGUUACAAUUACUUCUUAGAUAUGAAGUCUGCGGUAAAGAACAGGACUCGACCAGUGUGGGUUGCCAACAGGAAUACCCCAAUCUCAGACAAAUCUGGAAAACUUAUAAUAGACCGCGCUGAUGGCAAUUUGAAAAUUUUACACGGUAAGGGAAAUCCUAUUGUUAUAAGUUCAAUUCAAGCAGCGGGUAAUACAAGUGCUACUCUGGAGAAAAAUGGCAAUUUUGUGCUCUAUGAAAUGUAUUCAAAUGGAUCUAAGCUAGAAUUGUAGCCAAGCUUUGACUAUCCAACUGAUACACUUCUUCCAGGCAUGAAACUAGGAAUCAACAUGCAAACUGGGCAUAAAUGGUUUCUGCGGUCAUGGACUGCGGAUGGCUCUCCUGCCCAAGGGUCAUUUACACUUGGCAUGGACCCCAAUGUCACAAACCAGUUAAUCAUAUGGUGGGACGGUGACGCUUGGUGGAGGAGUGGGCUUUGGCAAAAUGGGAACGUCAGCAGCUUCUUCGAUUCUAAGAGAGACUACUCCUUCAGUUACACUACAAAUGAACAAGAAAAAUACUUCAGUUAUUCUGUAAAUGAAGAUGUGACUUCAUUUCCAAUACUGCAAAUUAGUUCCACCGGUGCUCUCAUAAAUGACCAAGAAUCGUCUGUUGCAAAUAGCCAGGACGACUACCCUGACUGUAGGGCAAAACUUAGUUAUUUCGAUAUAAGAACUGGUUGUAUGUCUGGAAAAGGAUUCAAGUUCAACAUGACCAUUGCUCAUUGCAAAGCCAAAUGCAUGAAGAAUUGUUCUUGUGUUGCCUUUGCCAGUACAAAUAAAAUUAAUGAUACUGGCUGCGAGAUCUGGAGUAGAGAGACAAAAUUCAUAGAGUCUUCCAGUCACGAUUCUCGCCAAAUAUAUAUGGAAGUUGUUAUACCCAAAAGGUCCAAUGCAGAAAAGAAUCCGAGGAGGAAAAACCUAAUCAUUGGAGGAGGAGUAGCUCUAGUGGUGCCCCUUUUGUGUUUCUUAUGCUAUCUAUUAAGGAGAAAAUACAAGGCUUCAGAGAAGUGGUGGCACUCACUGGGAGUAGUUCUAGUUAUACCUCUGUUAUGCUACUAUAGCUAUUUGAUUGGAAAAAAACUCAAGGCUAAAGUGGAAAGCAUAUGGAAUCGAUGGAAACUAUUACAUGAACUUGGAGAUAACAUCUCGGUGUCACUUCCGAUCAAAUUUGGAAAACGAAAAGCCCAAGAUAAAGAUCAGAAACAGGAUAUGAAGAUAUUUGAUUUCCAAAUCAUUGCUGCUGCAACAAACAAUUUCUCAACAACAAAUAAGCUUGGACAGGGUGGUUUUGGUCCAGUUUAUAAGGGCAAAUUACCAGAUGGGCAGGAAAUAGCGAUAAAGAAACUCUCAAAAACUUCAGGACAAGGAAUAGUGGAGUUUAAGAAUGAAGCUAAACUCAUUGCCAAACUUCAGCACACUAAUCUUGUAAGACUUCUAGGAUGUUCUCUUCAUGGAGGAGAAAGAAUUUUAGUCUAUGAGUACUUGCCUAACAAAAGCUUGGAUUUCUUCAUAUUUGAUUCUAGUAGGAAGAACAUUUUGAAUUUGAAGAAAAGUUUAAGUGUAAUUGAAGGAAUUGCUCAAGGACUUAUUUAUCUCCAUAAAUAUUCAAGAUUAAAAGUGAUUCAUAGAGACUUAAAAGCCAGCAACAUAUUACUAGAUGACCAAAUGAAUCCAAAAAUAUCAGAUUUUGGAAUGGCAAGAGCUUUUGGGGUGAAUGAGUUAGAAGCAAACACAAACAGAAUUGUUGGAACGCAUGGCUACAUGUCUCCAGAGUACGUUUUUAAUGGUGUUGUCUCAAUGAAAACUGAUGUAUAUAGUUUUGGAGUCAUGGUAUUAGAAAUUGUGAGUGGCAAGAAGAACAACGGUUGCUAUGAUACAGAGCGUCCACUCAACCUUGUUGGAUAUGCAUGGCAGCUGUGGAAUGAACGUAAAGGUUUAGAAUUGAUUGACCAAACAAUGGAUGGAUCUUGCCCUCCCAAUGAAGUGUCGAGAUACCUGAAUGUGGGUCUCUUGUGCGUGCAAGACCAGGCAAAGGAUAGGCCAACAAUGUCAGAGGUUGUUUGCAUGCUUACAAACGAGACUAUGGUUCUACCUACACCAAAGCAACCAGCGUUUUUCAUUAAUAAUAUUAUUUUUGAAGAGCCUGAAGUUCCUAAAAAUAGGUUUGAAAUUUGUUCAGUAAAUAAUGUAACAAUCUCAAAGAUGGAAGGAAGAUAG